AUGGCUACAAGCCAUCAUGGAACCGUGGCACUCUCCACAACAAAUUGUCUUCAAGGGAUCGAAACAUCCUGCGCCGGCGAUGGAGAUCGCCCCGGUGACGUCGAGCCGACAACACCUAUCUGUUCGCAGUCAAUUGGCGGCAUUUUAAGCAACCGGGAUACCAUUCCAGAGCUCCUGGGGAAUUCUUCUUGUCAUAUGAGAGCAUACUUUCAUAUUACCCCCAUCGAGUAA